UGAUUGAUCAAAGAUUUUUCCCCUUCAAAUUCAAGUUCAACAUGACCUAUCGAAAACCAGACUGCCUGAAAAGGCAAGCUAACUCAUCCGAUUAGAAGUGUCCAGUAGGUCUGCCACAGCGUCACACGAUAAAGAUUAGUGCUUUGUGAGGGUGGAUAUUUUAUUGCCUCGCAAAUGCAUUGUGCAGAGUAGGAACAAAACAACACGGUUGAUUGAUCAUUUAAUCUCGUAUGAUGAAGCUUCUUUAAAGUGAUCAUAAAACGGGUAACGGCAUACAGGUCAGGAGAUCUCUCGAGAGCAGUAGAUGUUUAGAUAACACUUUUUCGGAUAGACAAGACAAGAUCACGUGUAGCUAAGUGAGAACGAAUUAGAUUAGUUGGAACUCAUUUAGCGAUUGUCUACUGGAGCAUGAGUAGGUAUAAACAUACAUAGAUGUUAACGACGGGAGAUGUUACAUGAUCAGCGACUUAGCUUCAUACCGAGACAGUUGUCCGGUUUUCUUACCGAUCAUCAACACUGGUUGGAUAAUUUUUUCCCAUAGGAAGUUAGGUAAAGAAUUAAGUCUCUCUUGAAAACAUAACAGGUAUACAGAAAUAAGUAGGAGAAUGAGAUACUGGAAUUAAAAAAAUGGCUUCAAAAGGCUUCAUACGACAAAACUCUCCGCUAUCAAAAAACGAAAAGGGGGCGGUUAGUUUAUCAUUGCUUUUCGACCAUUUGUUGUUUCGGUAUAUUGAUUGCUCACCAUUCGGAAACAAAUCAUCAACAAGUUAAGAUGAGCUUAAAACAUUUGCUAACGGGUCCGCUGCUUUUAUGUGUUGUUAUAUUUUUCCUAGUAACAAUCGUCGGAAUUGCAGAUGCAAUCGAUUGCGAUAAGGAACCGAAACAUGUGGAACGACAGUUGAAGAAAAGUUUGCUUUGCAAAGGGUACGAUAUGAAGGUGCGUCCAGUCAAGGAUUCGAAAUUUGCCGUUAAUGUUUCGAUCGUUGCGGUUUUAAAUAACUUUGAAUUUUCCGAUUGGAAAAAUACGCUUGACGCUAACAUGGCACUUGUAACGAGCUGGAAAGAUGAGUACUUGUUAUGGGAUCCUAAAGAUUUUGAAAAUAUUUCAAGCAUCAUUUUAAGCACAUCUGAGUUCUGGACACCAAGUAUCGAGCUUUUCACUUCCUACGCCAAACCGGAUGCCGCUGGCUCCUGCACCAGUCCAAGCUGCGAGGUCAAAUCGGAUGGAUCGGUGGUGUGUGUUCCGUUGUGCGAUUUCACCGCCCUCUGCCGGUCGGACUACACCCGAUGGCCACUGGAUACCCAGAAGUGUGAGCUGUACUACGGUUCCUGGAUGGAAUCGGCAGCCGAAAUCGACUACCAUUCCAAAGCCAGCUGGAUCGCUUCGGUCCAAACCAACAGGCACAUCGAGUGGCGCGUAGUUUCCGCAAAAGCCAACAAGACCAGUGUGGCCGGGGUGAAUGAAACCUUUCCGGUGCUGAUAUUCGAUUACAUUAUCGAACGUCAUUCGGGUAUCCAAGUUUCGGGUCUGAUGGUGCCGAUUUUGAUUAUCAUUUCAUUCAAUCUUAUGCUGACAUGGUUGAACACUGAGUCCAUUGAAAGGAAAAUUUUCCUUGCCCUGUCGAUUUUCUGUCAUUUUCGAUAUCUCUACAUGUUGAUAUGGAUAGUUCCUCAUAAUGGCAGCAGCAUUCCAGGAAUUUUGCUAUUCUAUCGCAACUCGAUGAUCAUCACCUGUACCAUACUGAUCCACACCUUGAUCGCCAGGUACUUGAAGCAGAUGGUUUUUCCCCCGCCAGGAAUAGUAAAAAUUCUAACCGGAACUGUUGCGCAGAACAAAUUUGGAGAGCUAGUCUUUUCGAGAGGUUACCUGAACGUAGAAUACAAACAAACAAAAAUCGAACCGGAAAAUGCGGAACAACAAACUGAAGAUCGAAAGAUUUGGAUAUCAUUGAGUAAGAUUGUUGAUCGGGUGCUGUUUUUCGUUUAUCUCUGCAUUUACUCUUUGGGCUUUCUACUCUACGUUCCAUUGACGUAUAAAACCAUAGAAAAGUACGAGCUAAAUGUUAUGGGUUAAUUAACAGAUUUGUGUAGGUAUUUG